AUGGUAUUGCUAACUGUCAACUACAAAGGGAAAUACUGCUCCCAAUCACCACAGUUUUUUUCAGCUCGCUAUAAGCUCGCAAUUACCACAGUUUUUGUUUUGGAGUUGCUCGCAAUUACCAUAGUUUUUCUUAUCACAUCUACCACAGUAUUAGGUUGGAGAAACAUUGUGAGAGGCUUGACUGGUGCUGCACUGGGAUUGCAGCAUUUGCACCAGCAGGAACUCAUUUGUAGAAAUUUUAAGACCGAAAACAUUCUUGUCGAUGAGGAUUUCAAUGGAGUGUUGACUGAUUUUGGAUCGGUGGGACCAGAAAUACAAGGGAUUGGCCAAUUCACACCUGGAUACAUAGAUUUACACAGCUUUACAACUGGAUUGACUCAGAAGCACCAUGACAUAUAUAGCUUGGGAAUAGUAUUAUUACAAGUAAUCACUCAAAGUGAUUCGGUAACUAAUACAAAUGGAAGUAAUCUUACCAUCCGCCCUUGGCUAUCAAAAAACAAAAGAACAGUGCGUGCAGUGGACAAGAGACUGACAGUGAGGCUGACAAGUGGGGAUUAUUGCAAAAAAGAGGAUAAUUUGGCUAUUACUAAACUAGCCAUGAGAUGCGUCCAUGAUGAAAUUGAUAAAAGACCGGAUAUAAAUGAAGUUGUCCGUGAGUUGCAGAAAUUAAACAUGGACACUGGAUCAACUUCAUAG